UACCCUAAAAAUCAUAAUUUUAGAAUUCAUCAUUUAUUUUGGAGUGCUUGAAGCGACUAUCUUCUCUUUCGUGCGAGCUCGAAGACCAUGUCUAGAUUCCGCUCUCUGUGGCAAGCUUCGAUCAGUGCGACCAAGAGAGCUUUUGCAUGGAAUUUUGAAGAUUUUAUGCCACCAAGUGAAAAUAUUAUAUUUAGUUUCAACUCGAAGGAUGAGCUGAAAAGAUGGCAUUUAUACUCUGAUUCUGAAUAUGGAGGUUUAUCAUCAGCAUCCCUGGAGAUAAAAGAGGGUGAUUCUGGACUCAAUGGGAUCUUCUCUGGGAACCUUUCUUUGGAUGUGGCUGAGGGAUCCCCUUGGAGAAUGAAAAGGAGCGGUUUUUGUGGUAUGCGCUCCAAAAAGUUCAAGGGUUUCAUUGAUUUGGAAGCAUAUGAUACAAUUAUUAUGAAGCUUCUGGGCGAUGGGAGAUCGUACAUUUCGACGAUAUACACAGAUAAUUGGAUAAAUUCACCAGGAAAAGAGGAAGAUAAUUCAUGGCAAGCCUUUGUUUUCUCACCCAAGGAUGAAUGGCAUGAGGUUAAGAUACCGUUGGAGCGAUAUUUGCCGACGUGGAGAGGAAAUGUGAUCGAUGUAAAGUUGGAAAUGAACCCAGCUCGAAUCGUCGGAAUGUCUCUUUCAGUCAAUGCAGGAGGUGGUGUACCUGGUGCUAAAUCUGGCCCUGGAGAGUUCAAACUAGAGAUAGAUUAUAUCAAGGCAUUGAGAACAUAGAAUCUAACUCGGUCGGAAAAUAUUGAGUUAUAUUUGGCUUGACCUGACUCGAAUCGAGACGACGAGUCAACCCAUAAUCAGAGUUAACUCGGCUAGAGAGUUCGAGUUGAUCAGACGGUAAUAGCAUCAUAUGAAUAUAUGUUCAUUUUAGGCAAUUAUUUUUUUUUUAAAUAAAUUUUCUUUGAUUUUAGGACAUGUAUAUUUUGUGUUUGAUUUGUGCAUUUAUUAUG